CUCGUGAUUCAGUCGCAGUUCAGAGUCAUGAAAGACUUUCUCUCUUCUUUCCUUUCCUCCUUCUGUUCUCCGCCAGAGCUCCAUCAUGGCCUCUCCACGUCUGGAGACCUUCUGCUGCCCAAACCGCGAUCCGGCCACCGAGUUCAUCACCGGCUUCCAGCCGGCGCUCUUCAGCGGGAUCUGCUCCUGCAGCGCCGCUCUGAGCCUCGCCUUCACCGGCCUGCAGCUGCUCCCCAAACACCGGCCCUUCAGACACGGACCCCCGCACAAACCAGCCUCCGCGCUCCGGAUCCUCUUCAUCAUCAGCGUCUGCGACCUACUGGCCUGCGCAGGAAUGGUGGUCCGCUCGUCCGUCUGGCUGGGUUUUCCGGAUCUGAUCAGCAGGAUCUCCGCUGGGAACAGCACUGACGUCUGGCCGCAGGUGUUUUGUGUCGGCGGCGCGAUGUGGAUCCAGCUGUUCUUCAGCGCCUCCUUCUGGUGGACCUUCUGUUACGCGGUGGACGUCUUCCUGGUGGUGAAGCGCUCGGCGGGCAUCAGCACGAUCGUCCUGUAUCACAUGAUCACGUGGGGUCUGACGCUGCUGCUGUGUGUGGAGGGACUCGCCAUGCUUUACUACCCCUCCAUAUCCAGCUGUGAGAACGGCCUUCAGCACGCCAUUCCUCACUACGUCACCACAUACGCUCCCAUGCUGCUGGUGCUCCUCGUCAAUCCAGUGCUGUUCACACGGACCGUGUCCGCUGUGACGUCGCUGCUGAAGGGUCAACAGGGAAUCUACACCGAGAACGAGAGACGACUCGGAUCUGAGAUCAAAAUACGCUUCUUUAAGAUCAUGCUGGUCUUCGUCAUUUGCUGGCUGCCCAACAUCAUCAACGAGAGUCUGUUGUUUUAUCUGGAGAUGCAGGACGACGUUAAAGCCGGCGAUCUGAAGAACGUCCGUAACGCCGCGCUCAUCACGUGGUUCAUAAUGGGGAUCCUGAACCCCAUGCAGGGGUUUCUCAACACGCUGGCGUUUCACGGCUGGACGGGGCUAAACGUGGACUUCAGCCGGCAGAGACGGCGCGAGCUGCCCUGGGAUUCGGCCUCCACAUCGCUGGCGGGUGGAUUUACGCCUGUCGCCGGAUCGGCGCUGCUCUACCAAAGCCACGUGCAGGAGAUCAAGAAGAACCUGAGCGCCAAUGGACAGCAGCAGCCCUCAGACGCCAUCAGUGCCCUGUCUGAAGAUUCAGAGUCUAGUACAGUAGAAAUCCACAUAUCCAGUGAGCAGCGAGAGUUUGAGGAUGUAAAGCCAAACGGAGCAUCACUGGAGAUUUCUUCAGGCUGAACGUGCCGCCGGCCUCAAACACGCUCUCUCAUACUCUCCAACUUCUGACUCACAAAGACCAAACAAGCCUUCAUGCAUUUCUACAAUCAAUCAAUCAAUCACUUCUGUCUCCUGGCCUGUUUGUGCUGUUGAAGGUUUCUCUGAGACACAUAAUUCAGUACGAAACUUUGAUUUGAAUCAAAAGUGCAAAUAUAAUUUGUCUUUAAAAUGUCAUUUACCAAAGGAUCACACUGUAAAAAUGCACUAUUAUACAGCACAUAGAGAUUGUGUAGACAUAGCUGUUGCUGCUUGUUUUAUACUGAAUUAAAAUUAUACUUAUUAAACAUACUUCAUUUUAUGCUCUCAUUAAAGAUGAAGCGUGUCAUUUUUU